UUUUAUGCAACGCUUCUCUCAAAAGAAAGUUUCAGGCUAUGCUUGAUACUAGCUGGAGAGGAGACUGUAAAAAGACUUGACCUGCGACUGUGGCUUGAGGAAGAUUCGUAAUAAGAGCUUCUGGAAGGACUGAACCGCGUAAAUCCCCAAACCGUAUUACCCGCGGCAACAUUCAUUCCCCAUAUUUGCCAAACCCUAGCGCUGCCGCCGCCGCCACUGCUCCGCAGCGCCUCGGCUCUCCUGCGGUCCUGCCUCUCCUGUGCCCUUCUCUUCCAACCACUCGCAGCCAUGGCGGACGUCGACGCCGAGACGGAGGUCGCCGCCGCUGGGCAGCCGAAGAAGAGGACGUUCCGCAAGUACAGCUACCGCGGAGUGGACCUCGAUGCCCUGCUCGACAUGUCCACCGACGACCUCGUCCAGCUCUUCCCCGCCCGCGCCCGCAGAAGGUUCCAGAGGGGGUUGAAGAGGAAGCCUAUGGCUCUCAUCAAGAGGCUGCGCAAGGCGAAAAAGGAGGCACCUGCUGGUGAGAAGCCGGAACCUGUCAGGACUCACCUUCGCAACAUGAUCAUUGUGCCAGAGAUGAUAGGCAGCAUAAUUGGAGUGUACAAUGGGAAAACCUUCAACCAGGUUGAGAUCAAGCCUGAGAUGAUUGGGCACUACCUUGCUGAAUUCUCCAUCAGUUACAAGCCUGUCAAGCACGGAAGGCCCGGUAUUGGUGCUACCCACUCCUCAAGGUUCAUUCCUCUCAAGUGAAGGAUCCCAGGGCAUGCUCAUGUCCGUGCCAAAGACUUUGUGACCUGUGUUUAUCUAUUUUUCGGAUAAGACUUGUUCCUUAGCAUUUGGAGUUUUGCCCGACGAAAGUUUGUUUAACUCUGAAUUCUAGUUUUUUAGUGGAACUGUGAAAACCUGAGUGUUACUUCUGUUUACACAUUGAAAGUAGAGAAAUGUUAUCAAUGGCACUAUGCCUCCCCGUUAUCUUUCUGCA